AUGAGGCCAUGGAUUGUUGUGAUGUACCUGGUCCAAGGGCUUGUUCAUUCAAAAGAAGCAAUGAGAACAAAAAGAGCUGUGGAUCCAGAAGCCUUUAUGAACAUUCAUGAGCUUAUUACACACAAAGGCUAUCCCAGUGAGGAACAUAAAGUGGUGACUGAAGAUGGAUAUAUACUUACUAUUAACAGAAUACCAUUUGGUAUUAAGAAUCAAGGGAAUACAGUUUCAAAACCAGUGGUGUUUCUAAUGCAUGGUUUAAUGGGUGAUGGAAGCAACUGGAUUUUGAAUUUGGAUCACAAUAGUUUGGGCUUCAUCCUGGCAGAUGCUGGCUAUGAUGUUUGGCUUGGAAACAAUAGAGGAAACAUCUGGUCCAGAAGCCACCAAAAUCUGUCUAUAUCUCAAGAUGAAUUUUGGGCUUUCAGUUUUGAUGAGAUGGCAAAGUAUGAUCUUCCAGCUAUGAUCAACUUCAUACUACAAAAAACUGGACAACAGCAGCUAUAUUAUGUUGGGUAUUCCCAGGGCGCUGCAAUAGGAUUCAUAGCUUUUUCAACAAUGCCAGAGUUAGCUCAAAAGGUGAAAAUGUUUUUUGCCUUAGCUCCUGUGACUAGAAUUAAAUAUGCCAGAAGUCCUGCAACAAUAUUCUUAAGUCUUCCACAAUUUUAUCUGGAAGUUAUGCUUGGCAAAAGAGACUUCUUUCCUCGGAAUCCAAUAUUCAAAAGUAUUCUUACCACAUUAUGUGGCUGGGGACUCUUUCCAGGGAUUUGUGGAAAUAUUUUCUUCCUUCUCAGUGGAUACAAUACAGAAAAUAUGAAUAUGAGUCGAAUAAAUGUGUAUGUGGCUCAUUCACCCGCUGGAACAUCUGCUCAGAAUAUACUGCAUUGGAGCCAGGCCUACCAUUGUGGACUAUUCAAAGGUUUCGACUGGGGUGAUGAGAACAAGAAUAAGGAAAAGCACAACCAGCCCAUCCCUCCUAUAUAUAAAGUGGAAGAUAUGAAUGUGGCAACAGCAGUGUGGUCUGGAGGAAAAGACCUGCUCUCUGAUCCAAAAGAUGUUUCUAUACUCCUCCCUCAGAUCAGAAAUCUUGUUUUCCAUAAAGCAAUCCCAGAAUGGGCUCAUCUGGAUUUCAUCUGGGGACUAGAUGCACCUCACCGCAUGUAUUAUGAAAUGAUUGCUCUGAUGAGGCAGCAUACGUAA